AUGGAGGAUUCUGUCAUUCGUGAAAUCUCUGUGAGUGACGUCAUUGAAGGUUCCAUUCUAAUCCCCUUCACUAGUAGAGCAGCCUGGCAAGCUACCCAGCAGGAGUGCCCUGAUCUCCGGCGAAAACUCACUCCCAUCUUCAUCAAGGCACCCGCCCCUCCAAGAAAAUCACCAAGAUCAUUGAUGUCAAGCGUUACCUCAAGGAUGUCAUCAUUGCGUCCGACGGCCUCCUUAUUGUGAAGGACACUCAACCAGCCCAGCCACGAGCGCAUAGUUGUGCCCCGCUCCGCACUUGAUGGCCUGCUGAUGGCACUUCAUAUCAGAUUAACCCACCCAUCUAAAUACCAACUCAAACGUCUGUUCAAUCGGUACUUCUUUGCCCUGGAUGUUGAUAAGGCAGUUGAGGCGAUCUCGUUAUCUUGUCAUCUCUGCCAGUCAGUGAAGACCAUCCCUAAGCAUGUACAUCCCCAGUCUACUUCAGAUGCCCCUUGAGCCAUUGGUAUCUUGUUUGCCACAGACGUGAUGCGCCGUAAGUGCCAGUACAUACUUGUCAUGCGAGAGACCGUGUCCGCAUACAGUAUCGCUUCUCUCAUUGAGAGCGAAAAGCAUGAGAUUCUACGUGAUGCCCUCUUGAUCCUAUGCACCGAGCUCCGAUCUCUACAUGCUGGUGGUGUGACAGUACGCGUGGACCCCACCCCAGGAUUAUCUGCCCUCGCAAAUGAUAAGAUCCUUAUCUCCUCUGGCAUUCAUUUGGAGGUGGGCAGACCUAAGAACCCUAAUAAGAAUCCCACCGCUGCCACCACGCCAAUAAUAAGAAUGGACUGACUUUACAAAUGAGGAGUCAACACAACACAAGUGAGCUUUUGUAAUAAUAACAUAACAAUGUGGUGCGCUGGAUAUGGAAUGCUAAAGUGCUAAACCGCUGAGAAAGGGAAUGGCGCACGGGAUAUUGCAAUAAAUACAGUGAUAACCAUAUCAAAAUUGAUUAUUAAAUCAUCCAUAUAAAAUUCUUAAUUUAUAGAUUCCACAAACUGUUCAAGAGUUGAUAAUCCAGUAGUGUCAGACAGCCAUCCUAUAACAGUAGAGAAAAAUAGUGAAACUGGAAACAUGGCAGUUUGCAAAACAAAAUUGGGAAAAGCGGUUGUGUUUGUGCUUGGGCAGUCAACUGAAGUGCUUCAGUUUGACAAAGCAAGACAGCAACAUAAGCAGUCACCAUCUGACAAGUUUUUCUUUGCCAAGUUUAUGAACCUAGUUGCGGUUAUGGAGGUACGUGUUGUAAAACAAACAAAAAUUUGCCAAGAACUUGGUCAAUGGGAAAAAGAAUUUUUCCUGAAGCACAACAGUAGAGUUGCUAUUCAAAAAGAUAUAGAAGCAUGCCCACAAGACAAACUUCUUAGAGACAAACUAAAGUAUGCUAAAGCUAUACUGAUAACAAACAAAGAGUAG